AUGGCAGGAAUAUCAGAUGCUUCGCUAGAACCACUAAUUGAAUUUAAUUUUCAGUGGCAAGUCUCACGGACUAUUUAUAGGAAACAUAAGGCUUCUCUGUCUGGAGGUAUAAUGUCUCCGCAAGAUUCUCCAUAUCUGAAAGCUGGAAUUACCUUUUCACCCCAUGGGUCUUCUGUAGACAUGAUACCAGAGAAUAAAAGUUCUGAAGCAAGGGAGAUAGUUGGUGGAGAUCAACUCUUGCAUACAAACAUUACCAUGCAACAACUAGGAGAGAUCAUGCUACCAAAGGCCAUUGAUUACUUCUGCCAGAAUGCUGAAGCGACAGUGUACCAAAUGGUUUGGAAGUCCAAACAUGGUGAUGCAUGCAUUCAGGUUGAAAGGCCAAGCAUGAGAACAAGCUUACGAACACGGAGAACUAUUGGGGAAACUACAAAAAGAAAGUUGUUUCAAGGACAGGGACAGGAGGUUUGGAGCAGACACAAAUGA